AUGCUGUAGUAAUCUGGCUGGCUGUGUGCACCUUUUGCAGGUCUGAUUUCUACAAGCACAUCGUGCUGUCGGGGGGCUCCACCAUGUACCCGGGUCUGCCCUCCCGUCUGGAGCGUGAACUCAAGCAGCUAUACCUGGAGCGUGUACUCAAGGGGGACGUGGAGAAGCUCUCUAAGUUCAAGAUCCGUAUCGAGGACCCUCCUCGUCGCAAGCACAUGGUCUUCCUGGGAGGGGCGGUGCUGGCAGACAUCAUGAAAGACAAGGACAACUUCUGGAUGACCCGGCAGGAGUACGAGGAGAAGGGGGUGCGCGUGCUGGAGAAGCUGGGGGUGACGGUCCGAUAGACGACACCUCCUCCAUGCCAGCCUUCUUGCUGCUUUGUCUACCCCCCCUCGUCCCCCCCCCACCCCGCUCCUCUCUCAAUCAUUCAGAUAUCUCACCCGGGUAGGCAUCUGGCCCCGGCUUUGCCUCCGCUCUUUCACGCUGGGUUCCUGGGAGAGCUUCCUUUGACGGUCGUCGACCUCUGCAAAUUAUCCACCGUUUAAUAUGACCCAUUUUAAAUAAGUCACGGCAGAUGGGGGUCUCUGUCUGUCUAUCUGCUGCAUUAUUGCUGCCUCCUGGGAUAGAUGACAUGCUCCUCUGGCCCCUGGGGUGACUUGCUCUGGGAUAAGGUCAUAGUUUGUAGGGACAGGAGCAGAAUGUGGCCAUUCCGCCCAUCGGGCCUACUCCGCCAUUCAAUCAUGGCUGAUCCAUCUCUCCCUCUGAAUCCCAUUCUCUUGCCCAUGACCCUUGAUGGCUUGCUCCUCGGGGCAUCUGAUCUAACCUGCUUCUCUGGGGACCCUGCGACCACUCCUCUGGGUCCCUGAUAUUAGUCAGCCCUCUGGUCCCCUGAGACUGCUCAUCUGGUUCACUGGGACCUCCCCUUGGACAGCUCUUCUGAGCCCCUGGGGCCACUCCUCUGGGACAGCCGGCUCUGGGCCCUGGGUCUAGCUGGCUGCUCUGGCCUGCUGCGUCAGGUCCGGUGUGAACAGCAGGCUAUGGCUGGAGUGCAAACACCACGCAGUGUGUGUUCUGUUGAAUCUGAGCUCCAACUACCUUCAUUUAUUUUGACCAGGCGCCUUUUAUUUUGCACAUAAUUGCAGUGGUGAUCACUUUGACAAUGGGUUUUAACGUAGACGCAUCUUUUAGGAAAAGGGGGCCAGAAUAGAAUAAAUUGUUGCCAAUGUCACUUUUAUUAAAAAAAAAAAUUACAAAAAAAAAUCCGUAGCAUCUUGAA